AACCCAACCCAGCCCAACCCCUCCUUUUUCUACAUCGAUCAUCCGCUCAACUCAACAACCAUAGUUGGUGGUGUAGCAUUGACUCUUCCAUCAUUUUUCGAUCUCAGUUCUCUGAAAUCCCCAAUUUCAAUUUCAAUGGCUUCUUCUUCUUCUUCUCUCGCCACCAACCCCUUCCUCACCGCUUCCAGAACCACCGAUUCCGCUUUCUCCGCCUUCCCUCCUCUCAGCUCUCACUCCUCCGUCUAUCUCCGUCCUCGCUUCCCCAAGAAACUCCAGAUACAGGCAGCUGGUAGUACCUACGGAACUAACUUUCGUGUUACAACAUAUGGAGAAUCUCAUGGAGGAGGUGUUGGUUGUGUUAUUGACGGAUGUCCUCCUCGCAUCCCUCUCUCCGAAGCUGACAUGCAAGGGGAUCUUGACAGAAGGAGGCCAGGUCAGAGCCGAAUUACAACUCCUAGAAAGGAGACCGAUACAUGUAAAAUAUUUUCAGGAGUCUCUGAAGGAGUUACUACUGGAACCCCAAUCCAUGUAUUUGUACCCAAUACUGAUCAAAGAGGACAUGAUUAUAAUGAGAUGUCAGCAGCUUAUAGGCCCUCCCAUGCAGAUGCUACCUAUGACAUGAAGUUUGGUGUCAGAUCAGUUCAGGGCGGUGGUAGAUCUUCGGCAAGAGAAACUAUUGGAAGGGUUGCUUCUGGUGCUGUUGCUAAGAAAAUCCUUAAGAAAUUUUCUGGAACUGAGAUUAUUGCCUAUGUCUCUCAAGUUCACAAGGUAGUUCUUCCGGAUGACCUAAUUGAUCAUGACAAAGUAACCAUUGAUCAGAUUGAGAGUAACAUUGUUCGAUGUCCAGACCCGGAAUAUGCUGAGAAGAUGAUAUCUGCUAUAGAUGCUAUUCGCGUGAGAGGUGAUUCUGUUGGUGGUGUUGUAACAUGCAUUGUGAGGAACUGUCCACGUGGUCUUGGUUCACCUGUAUUUGACAAACUUGAAGCUGAGCUGGCUAAAGCUGUUAUGUCACUGCCUGCAACUAAGGGCUUUCAAUUUGGUAGUGGGUUUGCAGGUACCUUUUUGACUGGUAGUGAACACAAUGAUGAAUUCUACAUAGAUGAGCAUGGAAAGAUGAGAACAAGGACAAAUCGUUCUGGUGGGAUACAGGGUGGGAUUUCCAAUGGGGAAAUAAUUAACAUGAGAAUAGCUUUCAAGCCGACAGCAACUAUUGGAAAGAAGCAACUUACAGUUACUCGAGAAAAAAAAGAAACUGAGCUGAUAACCCGUGGUCGCCAUGAUCCCUGUGUUGUCCCAAGAGCUGUACCCAUGGUAGAGGCCGUGGUAGCUUUGGUGCUUGUGGACCAAUUGAUGGCACAACACGCACAGUGUAAUCUGUUUCCCAUAAACUCAGAAUUGCAAGACCCCUUGUCGUCCAUAUUCGAGCCAGAAGAAGCGCUCUUCUGAAAGUGAAUAUGAAGGAAGGGAGUGCAUAAAUCAGAUAUUGGCCUCAGAUAGAAUCUUCAUUCUGGGAAGUGUUCAGUGGACAGUUAUUUCACUUUGAUGAGAAAAGUCCGUUUCCCUGGUCUGCAUUGUUGCCUUGCUGCUGAUAUAUUUUUGCGGAUGCUAUUUAUCGUCUUGUAUUAAUGUAAGGGUAAAAUAUGUUUCUUUUUCUUUUCUUCUCAUUUUCCUUGUUGACAUUGUUUCUGGAAUUUGCUGCUAAAGCAGCUAGGCAGAUGUAAUUUUUUUACAGUGAGUUGGAAAUAUUUUCUUGUAAGAAAUGUAAGUUUUUUAAGGUCCGAUUUCUCUUACAAAUGCUGCACUGCAUUUAAAUAAAUGAAGCUUUGGCAAGUA